CUCUGUCACAGGUGAGUGACGUAUGCGGUUGUUAUACUGUGCUAUAAAUAAAUCCAACGGUAGAAAUUUCUAUUGAAAAUAACCGUAGUUCAAGUGCGUGUGUGUAACCGAACACUAUAGGUCUAUCUGUAGAUUGGAUUUACAUUGGAAAUACCUUGAGAUUCAGGUGAACAUAUACUCAUUUCAAAGUAUUCUUCCUUUUGAUCGGACGCCAUUUUACUAAGAGCCAGCGAAGAUUUCCUCAUAUUGACCAAGUGUACAGAAACCGGAAGUCAUCAUGGGUCUCGAGUGUUCUGGAAAGGUUGGGAUGCUGUUCCUUAUCGUCAUCAACAUAAUCUUUAUGUUGCUUGGCCUCGGUUUGAUGAUUCCCGGAAUCCUUGUCCAGGUGGACGUUGACAUUGUUAAUGACAAGGUCAUGCCCCUCCUCAACCAGGUGACCUUAGGCGGUCUGACCUUUGGAAAUGCUGCAAAUGGCCUCUCGUUGACAUUGAUCAUACUCGGAGCUUUUAUUCUAUUGGUGGCAGGUUUGGGCGCGUUCGGAGCUUGCUGCAAAAACAGAUGCAUGCUUGUUGUGUAUGCUAUCAUCGUUGCUUUAUUCUGGAUUGCGGAAAUCGUGAUAGUCAUCCUCUGGUUUGUCAUGCGCGACAACCUUGAAUCCACGGCUAAGUCUCAGUUAGUAUCACAGUUAGACAAUAACUACAAAUAUGAUGACCUGACGUCGCACGAAAUCUCAACCGCCUGGAACUACCUGUCAAUAGAAUUAAAAUGCUGCGGUGUAAAUGCUGUCACCGGCGCCACUAAUGAUUAUGAUAGCAGCGAGUGGCAGGCCGGAACUCCAACCGGUCAAAUACCGAAGGCGUGCUGUGGGGCAACGGUCAGCGACUACACCACCUUCAAUAACGCAGCUUGCACGGACACGGUCACUUCCGGAUACUAUGGCACGGGUUGCUACCAAGCCGUCAAAGACAAGGUGAUGUCGUACAGUAACUGGUUCAUCGGGAUUGGCAUCACCUUACUUGUUGUCGAGAUCUGUGCAAUCAUCUUUGCGUGUUUGAUCUGCAAACAAAUUGGAAACAAAGACAUGAUGGUGUAGAUGAUGACGUGACUGGAGUCACGUGACAGGAAACGAAGAACAGAAUUUCUGACCAUAUGCAUAUGUACAGCCAUACUGAUUACCAAGCAGUCAGGAAGAACAGGAGUAAUGGUGUGAUAUUUUGACGAGUUUAUUAUUCUAUUUCUCGUGAGAGCGAGUAAGAAAUUUUAUCUUUUAAUUGUUAAAACGAUACUUUAUUGUUGUUACAUAUUCUGGUUAUAGAUUUUUUUUUAUCUAUUAAUCUCUCUAUGGAAGAAAACUGCUGAGCCAUAUUGUGUUGCAAAUCGUUAGAAAUUUUGUUCAAAGGAACUGGAAUUCAGACUGAAAGAUUGUUUUGUCUGAAAGAUUGUUUCAAAGGUACCUAUAGUCAUGAGUAAGCUAGCUAUUUUUCAAUAUUUUACGUUGUUGCUAUUGUUUUCAUCACUUACAGCCCAUUUGAUAUUUUGUUUUCCAUGUGAAAUAACAUUACGCUGCGUGACGUCACACUACCUUAUACGUCACAGUUGCUUUAUGACGUCACGACUUAUAAUAACAUUUCUCUCGAGCGGAAAAGUCAAUUAUGCGUGCGAUAUAGAGUCAAGUAAGGGAUUGUGGUAAAAAUAACAGGCAUCCGUCAUAGGAUAAUUGAUUUUGAUAACAUAUCGUUUUUAUUUUUUCUCAACUAGUGUCCUCUCGUUAAAGGUUGUUGAUUAUAUUUUAAGAUAAACUCAAUCGAUUGUGUAUACAUUAUAAUCUUUCUCAUAAGAUAUCCUCUAUUUUCUCCAUUUUCUCCAUUUUUAAAUGAUAUCCGUCCAAAUUCUCAGUAAUUUAUGAUGAUUCUCAUCGUCAAUCGUCUUUUAUUUCUAUUUCUGCAUCAUUUUGUGAUGAAGCUGUCGGUGUUCUGCACUUUUUAGGAGUGUGUUUGGGAAUUUUCCUUACAAUUCCUUUACACUUCCGUAACAUGAGGAGGUGUGUUCAUGAAUGUGAAUUGUGUAGAGUUCAUACAAUAUUACACAAUAGUUUCUGGGCCAAUUUUUUUUGCGAGUUUGAUGUAAUGGGUUAUAGACAUCCAUGACCGGUACGGGUCCGAAUGCUUGGAAGUGUGGUCAGCAAAAUAAAUAAUCUGGAUUAAUAUCAUAAUUAAUGACAGUUGAAGUGAUAUAGGCACGUGUUGUUAAUUGAUUAUCUAUAAAAAAAAGUUACAGGCCGUUUCUUAAAAGCUCUUCCAACAAAUUAGCCCUUGAUCCAUAUAUUCGUUUUUGAUGGCUAUUUAUCAACUUAACUACAUUAUGCUUAAAACCAAUUCAUAUCUUUAGGUUAACUAUUCAAAUAUGAUUAUUAAAAUUGUAAAUGACUUAGCAAUAUGAAUAAUAUGUAAUUCAUACGGUAAUAUGUUAACGAAAAUAGACAUCAAGUGAAAACAGGAAUUUAUCAACAACAGGCAAAAACACCGUUGGGAGCAACACUCAUUGAUCCUGAUGCUAGGCUGCAACUCGGAGAUAAAAACAUUGGUGUCUGUUUUAAUUUGUUCGGUAUACGAAAUAUUUAUGAACUCCAUUAUUUAGGAAUGACCGUGGUUGUAUAAUAUACAUACAUAUGUUAUUGGUUUUAUUUAACGGAACAAAAAUGUGAGUCUUGCCUUUCUCACUAAUGGCACUUGGGUGUUUAAUCUGACUUGGCUUUGAACGUAUUGAAAAUGUAUCUGGAAAAGCGCCAUAUUAUGUAUUAACGGGUUGGAACUUUUAGUUUUUUUUUAUCGUUGUCUGUCUAUUUUUGUACUCUCACUGUAAUAAAGUAAAUGACUACUGUUUUACCUUGUAAUAUUACAUAUUGUUAUUGUUAUAUAAUUGAUAACUGUUACUUAUUACCUGUUUAAAGACUUGGCCCCAACUCUUGGAGUUGUUAACAUGCCGUACUGUGAAUUGCUGUGUCAUUGGAACGCCAUCUUCGAUACUCAAGGGGUUCACGUUCGCUCUCUGCACUCACGGUAAAACAGAUAGCUAUUUGAUUGGUAUCGGGUUAACCGAAACUUGAUCAAUCAUAAAUAUUAUACCUGACCUUUGAAGAUUAAAGAGGAGCGACACCAAACGUCAAAGCCAGUCAAUUGUACUGUCACGCGACCGCGAGAUAUCUUCGGAUGUACAGUGAAGGGUAACACUAGUCUCGUUUCAUCCACAUGAUGGCGAGUACUGAGUCUUCGAUUUUGUCAUGACAUAUUCCAGGGGUGCAGAGAGUGAAAGUGAGCAUAACCCUUGGAGUAUCAAGGAUGGUGGAACAGAUGUAUGGAACACUAGGAGAUGCUAAUCUUUGUUGAAAUGAUAUUGCAGAUUUUAACAAUUCUACAGUAGGUAUAUUUCUCGCGUAAGUGCUCUCAGGUCGACCAUUUCCUUAGCAUACCUGUAUCAUAAAGGAAUAUCACACUUCCUCUUUAUUUUUAUCCAAUCAAACAAACGAAAAAGUAAGUAUCAACAUUUCCCGACGUUAAGGUUAAUCUAACAACCUUUACCCGCAGAAAUUGUUUUGGACAUAACUCUUGGACUCCGCCGGGGCAAUGCUCCAGCUGAUUUGGAACUCAAAAUUUCUGUUUAUAAAAAAAGGUAUUAAACAAUCCAUUUUUGUUUUCUUCAAAAUUUUAACAUUAUGCUUCAAAUUAUUUAUAUCAUACGUUUAAUGAAGAAAGAUACUUUUCUGUCACAUUAAUGAGAAGUCGAACCGAGGUCCGGCAUAACAUAGAAUCAUAAUGAAACUAACAUUUUUUUUCUACUGUGAUUAAUGUUUUAUGAGAAAAAGUUUGUCAUUUUUGAUGGCGGCUUUUCGUAUUUUUCCAAUAUCAUUGGCUAUAUAUUUACACCAAAUCAACAAAACACUGUCAAAUGUGAUAAAAAAAAAUGUCACCCGUUUUUGAACUUAUUAAAAAUAUUAUUGAAGUGAAAAAAACCUAUUUUUUAUUUAUUAGCUGUACUUAAUAUACUUAUAGCAUUGUAACUCUUAACAAAUUGUUGUUUAAUGCUUAAAUAGUGACAUUGCAUGUUGUGUAUACGUUAUUGUUAGACCUUGUGUACAAUAUAUUUGAAUGAAUGAUUCAUGCAUCCUCAUCACCCUCGGAAUAUGUCAUGAAAACAUCGAACACACACGGUUAUCUAUUUGAUUGGUUUUAGGUUAAACAAAUCUGACCAAUCGCUUGGCUGAUGUCUGUCCUUUCAAAAUUACAAUGGAGCGAUAUCGGACUUCAAAGCCAGUCAAUUUUACCGUUACGCUCCCGCGCCAUACUUUUAAGGAACAUCAAAAUAUCAAACUAGUCAGCUAGGUGGAACGUACACAACCUUCGUUUUUUUAUUACACAUUCCAGAGGUGCAAAGAGCAUACAUGAGCGUACUCACUGAAAUUUUAAGGAUGUGAUUGAUAAUAAACAAGUGUUCAUUAAUUUUGACUGUGAUAGCAUAUUUGUAUAAAGAUGUUUUAUAUCUGAUUAUCCACGAUUAAUUUCAUCUCACCAAUGAUUUGAUGUUGUUUGUAUAAUGCAACGUACUUAGUUCGUAGGAAUACAGCAUAGCUUAGGUACAAUGGAAACAUCUUGAAGAGAAUAUAUUUAUAUAUUUUUGUUUUUCAAAUUCAGAUGGUGAUUUAUAAAUUUGUUUCCUAUUAAGAAUCAUCCUACCACUGUCAAAAAACUGUUCGUAUUGGAAACAGUUUUUCUGUCGCGACAAAAGUUUAAAAACAUCAUUUCUACAAAGAAGUCCAUGUCUUGUUGUGUCAUUUUUUUUUAUUGUGUCUUUAGUUUUAGCCCGAAGCUUCAGCCGUAAAGUACUUAAAUCACUCUCUUUGGAUUUUUGACAACUGUUUUAAGGCAAUAAGUGUUAUAAAAUGUUUGAAAAUAAGAUAUCAUCUAUUCAAAUUAUUGCCAUUUUAACGGAUGAAGUUGACAUGAAAUAGUUCUGGUUUCUCAAAGAAUUUGAUUUUUGAAAACUUUCUCGAUUCUCAAACUCAAAUGAGGAUCACGGGUCAGUUUUCAUUAAAAACUAACGAAAAAGUAACAUCUUUUAUGAAAAGAAAUAUCUUAUUUAAUUCAUUAAAAACAAUAAAUAAUAACGAUGGUGAUAUUUAAAGAACAAAUCAACAGCAGUGUUCUGAGAUUAAAAACAAAGAAAGAAAAAAAGAAACGAGGCCAGCCGGGAUUCCAACCAUGGACCUCCGAACAUAAUAUACGCGCGCUAACCAAUUGAAAUACAUGAUCAGCGUUGUUCUCUUGCCGAGUCCUGUGAUACUUGUUUGCAAAAUGAAAGAAGGGGGUGUAACUACGUAUGAGCAGCCACAGCGGAACUCUCUACUGUUUUGCCUGCAGUGGUACAGGGAACCUUAAAUGAUUUUAUCAUGACUUUUGCAAACCACAAACUUGUUGCUCAGGACCUUACUUUCAUCUGUUGUGCAAUUCAGAUCACUAUCAUAACCAUAUAAAAUAUAUAUAAAAAAAACAACCUUAUAAAGUACAAGAUGAUAUUUUGUGUAAGAUUUAAUAUUUUUAGAACUUUGAGAGAUAUUUGAAUACAAUAUAAUCCAAUAUAUAUAUAUCCUUAUCCUCUCCUAUAUCCAUCGGCAAAAACAUAUAUAGUUUAUACAAUAUUAACUGACUUUUCUCUCUAGAAAACGUAUUUGAUAAGAGUAUGCUUGUUUUGGCACUUGUCUUAACAUUAUGAAUAAUCGGACCGUUUGAAAUAAGGCCUUCUUUAUUAACUAGUUGA